AAGUUCCGAAGCUCCCCGCUUCCAAGUUCAACCUUCUCACAUCCAUUUCCUUUCUCUUUCAUACCCAAAAGCCUCGGCCGAGAUAGGUAGGUAAGUUAUAAAACCUAUCUUCUCUAGCCAGCAGAUGAUUUCGAAAUUAUAUUCAUGAUUGAACUGUUGGUUCUAUGUGAACGGUGAAGGAUGCGCUCGUUGUCUACAACUCAAUCAACAUGUUAACCCACGCCGUUUGCCAACCCAUCUCUAAGCCCAGGUCUCUUCAGACCAUGGCCAUGGCACGUACUGCCUCACGACCCACGAGCGCCUCUUUGUUGAAGUUAGGCCACACCCAACAAACCCGUACAUUCUUUCGCUUUGGCUUGUGGUAUUCCUAUGUAGACCCCGAGUUCCAAAGAGAACUAAGACGCCGCCAUCAUAUGCUUAAACAUAAAUAUGUUGCAUCAAUCAAUAGGAGGUUGUCAUGGGACCAACGUUCCCUCGACGGCCAUCCAAGAGUUGUUCUAAAGCAUAUGCUUCGCAAGUACUGGAACCCGACUCGGGCGACAUGUGGUUCACGUUUUGUUAACCAAGACGAACUGGACGCUCGGUAUAGACAAAGCCAAAGUGCUCGAGAUGCGGCAUCUGAGUUUAUGAGAAGGCCAUGGUCACACCAUCGCCGUUUCGCCUGGAUGAGUAGUUAUGGGGAUCACAAUCCGUCUCGACUUGACCAUAGUAUGUGGAAAAGAUCUUGGGCCCACCGAACCCCAUGGAACAUAACCCGGUCUAAUAGACGCACAACAGAGUCAGCAAGUACAGAAACACAUUCAGAUGUCCAACGUAAACAAGCUGCCGCCGAAUCGUUUAAGACAUAUAGGGCCCAGUUUAGCACCCUCAAACCUCCCAAGGCUGAAGAGAACACAGGCCCCAUCCAUUCCGAUGGACCGCCUCCCCCUUCGGAGCUCAAAGAAUAUGGUCAAGUCAGUAUCGACGACGCGUUGGUUAACGGCGCUGACCAUACUUAUGACGGAUUAUCGACAUCUGGAGAUAACACAGCGCCUCCCAGACACCCUAUCAUGGAGAGUGAAGAGUACGCCCUUAACCAUCUCCCUCCCGAGGAGUCAGACGAACAGUAUGAUGACUCUCGCAGAUACCAGGAAUAUCAACGCGGCGAACUCGACGAGCUUAACGAGCAAGUCCACGACCCAACUAAGGAGUAUAAGGACUUAGAUAAGUACAAAACAUACGGGGCUAGCGAAGCACAAGAUGCUGCACCAGAAGCACCCCAGGACCCUGCAGAAAUGCAAAGGUAUAACACCUACACGUACGAUGAAGAUACAAAAGUCGAGAGCCAAACGGAACAAUAUGAGGAUCUAGGUCAGUACGGGCCAUACAAAUACCAGGAAGCUGCGAAGAAAGACGAGUCAUCCCCGAAGUAUGAUGAUCUCGACAAGUAUAAGCAUUAUGAUGAUAACGGUAAACCCGUGGAUGACUCGAUACCCAAGUAUGAAGAUUUGGACAAGUACAAAACGGCUGACCUCAAUGAUUCCUUCGCGGAGGAGCAACCCUUCCAGCAAUAUGGAGACCUAGAAAACUAUAGGAAGUUCAAAUAUCAGGAGCUCGAAAACAACGAAACCCCCGAACGAGACAUUGUUGCGGAAAGUCUUAAAGAAUUCGAUGCGACAGUACCGUCGGAGCCAAUCAUAGACCCAAUUGAAAGUCCUAGCUCCAGCAUCGCUAAUAGGCUUCGAAACUUGGAUCUCGAUGAUACACCUUAUUCCACAAAUUCGGAUUCGGAUUCGAAUUCAUUUUCCCCAUCGUCAGCUAGUUCUAACGUCCAAAAGCCACACCUCACAACCCAAGAUAGUGACGGCCGAACGGCUCAAAGCAAAUUGACCGGUAACUAUGCUCGCGAUUUCCCGGAAGACUUCUCAGAAUCAUGGACGCCUCGAACUUCGAAUGCAAAUCCUGAAUCCGAGGUAGAGUUAGAAUCAAAUGCCCCUAGUGAACGAACUGCGCACAUCCAGGCAGCUGAGAAGGAAUACUCUGAUCGACUUUCCGAGUCUACGAAUUCUGCGCAAUUGGAAACUAGCCUGGAUAGGCAGCAGGCUGAACCAAAGUUGGAACCAGCCCUCCACCGGCAUGAUCCAGAGCCUACGAAAAGUACUUUUAAUCACCACUCUAGAACAGAGGCCGAAGUUGACCCGUACUCCAGAGAACCCCAAGGCUUAGAAACUUCAUAUACUAAAGAAUGCGACGGAGAGCACAUACCGCCAACAUUCGCCAAGACGUAUGGAAACGAAGAAAGGGAAGUAGCCCCGGAUUAUUCAUUAACACAGGACGAUAUGCAGAGCGUUCAUCAGUUCGAUUCAUUUUACCACAGAGACCCUGAAGUAGACGGCCGGCCACCGCUUUCAUCGCUCGAACCAGAUUCGAAGACCGAAUCAAGCCACAUCCCCGAACCGACGGUAUAUAGGAUCUUAGCCUAUGAUCCAACCAUGCAAAAGAUUAACACUGCCGAGACGACGUCAGUUGUACCUGAUCAAGCUUCUCCAUUAUCACCAGCCGAGGUAUUACUUCGGUUGUCAAACCCAACCAAAUUCUUCCCACAUUUUGCGCCCCUGCAAGCUGAGGGCUUCGAGAUUGUAUCCGGUGGUGGAGACGUCUUGGUCUUCCGCCAUGUCCGACCUGGGAAAGUACCGCAUCAAAAUAAAACGACCGCAGUCAACCCCAUCGAUAUGAUGGGCAAACCAACGGCGCUACCUAAUGCAGCGGCAUUUGUUUCGCCAACGGGAUUCGUCAAUUAUGACAUGCCACAAGUCGAAGAGAACCCAGCACCACCUUUCCGCUCCAACAUUGAUGUUAGAAGGGAAGAACCUGUUUUCAGCGGCCCUAAGUCGACGCCCGAGGAGGCUCGAGAGCGAUCGAAGAAAAGCCUCGGGAAGCGCGCGCUGAUUGGUGGUGCUUGGGUCGCUGGAAUCUCAUAUGCACUUGGCGUUGUUAGCGAAUAUUUCAUAACUGGCGGAGCUGAUGGUCGGGGACCUACCGGGUUUUGAUUUUGGGCGUGGUUAUGGUUAUCGCAGACGGUCAUUUUACAAUGUUGUCCACGCACGAAUGAGUUACGUUGUAUAGGAGUAUCGGGCUUGUACGAUCUUACAUUGUGGGCAUUGUGCUAGGUUCUUGUAAUGGGAUUAUGGGCUCGGAGGAUACCUCAAGGCGUCGGGUUUUCCAACCGUUGAAACUCUCUGCUUUGUUGUAGGAAUAUUUUGGUUAUUACGCAUAUCAUCACUACCCCCUUCUUC